GUUUUCAUGCCUUCCAAUUUCCAUCUAUCCAUAUUUUCCUCGACUCCCUCAUCACUUCAGGUGAUCUUGCUGAUCGGCGGUCGUGGCGUGAAGACCGGUGGUCUUGAUAGCAUUGAUCUCUACGACGUCCGUUUAAAUACCUGGAUUCUUUUUCCGACUACGAUUUCAGGAAAAAACACAGCGCCUACCACUAGUGAAAAUAAAAGGGCAUCUGAAGACGAGACAGGUUUCACCUCUAUUGCGCAUCUGCCCGCUCUGCCCACUCCUCUCUUUGGCUGCCGGGCCGAGGUUCUAGAACAACCUUUCGCCAGAGUAAUGCCUCAAUUCAGCACUCUUUUAACAACACCAGACUCCCCGAAUCUCAGGUCUACUAGCAAUGCCGCUCCGGGCAGCGAUUGUGGGGGUCGCACUGUUGAUGAUGCUGAUUUAUGCGAAUCCUCUUGGCAAAGUGUAAACGGCAUUUAUGUGACCGGAGGUAACUCAGGCGGUCGAGCAGUAGCCACUGUCUACCAAAUGCCCUGGAUAAAAGCUGACGAACCUUCGACAACUUUGCCAAUGCCAAGAUGGUGUAGUGACCUGUCGCCCAUGCUGGAAGCUAGGGCUGAGCACGGUAUGACAGUACUGGACGGCAAGAUAUAUGUGGUUGGCGGAACAGAUGGAGAUAAAAGUAUGUAUUCUCAUCUUUCUUCUUAUUUCCUGUAUGUCUAA